UCGUUCACCCUGUGCUCGGCUGUUCGGCCAACGUUUCCCACAUGCUGCGAUGGUUAUGUGUUAGCAAGUGCGAAAGGAGAACCAUCAUCGUUCGGACACCAUUUCUUCCACCAGGGCCUUAUGUUUUCCGAGAGUGACUACAUAGGAAGAACACGGACUGCACACAUAGAUGACAGUCAGCGGGGCGAACGCUCAACCUCCAGCGCAAACAUCUUCCCCUGCAGAAUUGUAAAUCAGAUUUGGAAAAUAAAUAAUCGCUUAUGUGCAGCGCGCGUGUCCUCGCGAAAUGAUCCGAGUGUGACCGGAGAGCCUCGGAACGAGACUAUCGCGGGCCGUGCGAAAGAGUGGACCGAUUGGCAGAACUCGCCUCUCCGUCUCCGAUCCUGCGAGGUCCCAGAAGGUCCGCGGAUUAUGUGCAGAUCAGUGUCGUGUGUCCUACCCUUCCAAGCGAGGCCUUUCCUUCGUGUCCUCUCCCUUUCCUAACGCUCCUUGUCUCUCUGUAGCUGUUCUACCACACACAUAAGCGUUAAAUUUGUUUACCUUGCUGCUUCCAUUCCGGAUUUUCUACUUUGUGCAACGCUAUCCUAGAGACAGGAGAGGGUCGAGGCGACGCGCGGAAUGACUAGUCGCCGUCCAGAGAAGAGGCUGCUCGAAUGGCGUCGAACUGGGCCAGCCUCACUUUUCAACGAACUGUCGGAUCGAAUAGGUGCAAUUGGAGUUGACACUACCGGAACGCGUCGUCAGAGAAGAGAGUUCCUGUGGUCCUUGGUGGAUCCUUAUGAACUGAUUGAGCAAAAACGGUUCAUUGUGAACGCAAUUUGUCACUAAUUGGUUGUUUUGUGUGCCAACAGGCCAAACUGGCCACAAUAAACAAAUCUCUUUCAAUAUCCCGAGUGAAAGCUUCUUAAAGUGAAUCGGGGAAACGCCAUCAUUGUGUUGAAAUCCCUUCCGGCGACUUCCUGGUCCCAUUUGUGCAGUUUUUUAUGUGAUUCCGUGUGUGCUUGUGUGUGAGCCUCAAACAAUAGUAUCAAAAAACUCUCUUCUGGGACGUCCGGGACCUUCCACUCAUUUCGUCGAUCCAAAUCGAGCCUUCCCGCCAGGAAAUGGCAACGGACGUCAUGAUGGACUGGGAUAUCAUAGACAUCUUCAACUUCAACCCGGACGAUCGAGAGUUUGGCAUCGAGAUUCAAUCGUUUCUGCUGAAGGACACAAGCUUCGCCACAAUACUUCCCCAGACGGAGGAGGAUACCAUGGACCAAACAUCAUUGGAAUGUGGCAAAACAAACCUUCCGCCAACUGAUUUCGACUCACCAGGCCCACUCACAACGGUCCAUUCAUCUUCCUACUGGAAACCCUCCAAGUGCACAACUCCGACGGCUGGGCUGAAAGACUCCGUGGACUGCGAUGAAAUAACGCCCGACCUUCUGAAGGAGACCGAUGAUACGGAUAUCAUGUACAAGCUCAAUGCUCCAGGCUCGCCACCGGACAUGUGCUCCGGGGGUCCAGAUCCGUGCGAUGAACAACGCGACAGUGACAACAACAAUCUCCGACCAUGUCCUCACUGUGACAAACACUUCCCCUGCAAGGCGUCCCUCGACCAGCACCUUCGACGACACACAGACGAAAGGCCAUUCCGGUGUGCCAGCUGUCCCAAGGCGUUCCGGCUGUCCUCGACGCUAUCCGCGCACAAGAAGCUGCACGACCUGCGCGGACCCAGUCUGCGGUGCGAAACGUGUGGACGCACCUUCACACAACCCAGCGCCCUUUCGAGCCAUCGGCUGCUGCAUCGCGAGGAUAGGCCCCACUGCUGCGGGCUUUGCGGCAAACAGUUCGUCCGUCUGCACGCCCUCAAGACACACGUCCUGAGCCACGCGAACGAACGACCCUUCGAGUGCGGUCAGUGUGGAAAAACGUUCACCGAAAAGCACGUGCUGGUGCGCCAUCGCAAGACGCACAGUGACGAACGGCCGCACGAGUGUGCGGUGUGCUCGAAGGCCUUCAAGGAACGGUACGACCUACUGCGACACGCGCUCAUACACAGUGGACUGCGGCCGCACAAGUGUCCCGACUGUUCCAAAUCCUUCGUCCAAUCCAAUGCACUGGCCAAGCAUCGAAAGUGUCACGCACGAGCACGUAUGGUUGGCCACCGUUUGGAUGCGGGGACGUUUGCAGUGGCACGAAGCGAAGCUACCUGUUGUUAGGUGUUAGGUGAAGCGGUGCGGUCCGAGCCCGAAUGGUGCAACAGGUGCGUCGAUGUGUGUUGUAGAGUGGGAUUGUUAAAAUAAAUAGAACGGUGCUUGUGCAAAUGAUAACAGCGUUUAAAACAAUCGAAAACAAGCAACAGGAUAA